AUGAUGUUGGCAGGGGCAGGACUUCUCGGAUCAGGCCUUGUCCCUGUCUCACCAGAACUCAUUGAGAUGAAGCGAGAAGUGGGAAACGAGUCACCGAUACGAGCCGUUGAAGAGCUUCGCGGAAGAGGAAUCCAAGGAAUCCCUUUGCCUCCACCAUCGGAUUUCGCGUCGUCUUUUCUUGCCAUUGCUCAACUGCGACAGCAACAAUGCCUUCAACAAUUUCAACAAAUGCACGCUUCACCUUUGACUCUGCCAGAGGAGCCACCCGUGACUGCUCCCGUUCCACCACCACUUCUCGGAAAUAUGGCCAAUAUGGCAGCUCUCUUUCAACUACAGAUGCAAGCACAGCAUAUUACACAAGCCUUGGCUCCUCGAUCGGCACCAAUGACUCAAACGCAAACCCCAAAUGGUGAACGAAAAAGAUCGUAUCCGAUGACAUUCCAGUGGUGUGAGUUGUGCCAAAAGGAGGUUCACUCCUCGAAACUCCCAUGCCACAUUCGACAGUGUCACGUGGCGAAGCCGAUGUUCCAGUGUCCACAAUGCGAUUUCACUUCAACUUAUUCGAAGAACAACGUCAAGAGUCACAUGGUUUCUUUGCAUGGAUUAGCUGGAGAUCCAAUCAGCUACAUGAAUGAGUAUGCCGGACAAGUGGAAGAGUUCAUGAAGAAAUGUUUCCCAAAUGUUCGCGGACGUGGUCGACCGAUGCAAGGCAGAGAGACACCCACUUCCCCAUCCACCUCAAAUACACCAACUCGUAGAAGCAGUCAGACCAUCAAAGCUUCGACCUCACGGCCUAUGAACGAGGUUUCUGCUUUUGAGAUGGCAAAGAUGGCCUUUGAUCAAAAGCUUGCACUUGCCAACUUUGAACUUGCUCUCGCAGAGCUCAACCGCAACGAGGCUCGUCUCAAUCUUGAAAAGCAAUUGGAGAAAAUCUCAAAGCCUAGCUUGAAUCUUCCUGGUUUCGGUUCACCCAUCCCCGGACUUGUCCUGAACACUCACAACAAUAACAAUCACGGUGUUAACGGGCAAACAAAGGUCGAAGAGACUCCAACAACAGAUACGAAGGAAAGCGUGGAAAAUGUCGUCGUUUCCUCCUCAUCAAUUGACGAGCUUUUGAGCAACAUUCGCUCCAAUGAGGUGACUCUUCGCUCAACCUCUGCCACAACGGAGCCUUCAACUCCGACCACACCCAACAACGCCUGGGGAUUUUUGGGGGAAAAGCUGCAGCCAAAAUACUUCUCGAAAAGCUUCUUUUUUGAAUUCCUAAAUGAAGAGCAAAUCGAGGGCACGAUUUUUGCACAUAUGACCUCACCAGCUGAACUUAUCAAGUUAAUUGACCAGUCACGCUUUCAAAGCGCUUAUCGGAUUGAGGGCUUUUUGGGAAUGGAUCAACGCGAGAGAAUCCACGAUUUUCAAGAGGAUCACGGCAUUCACGCUGUCAACAUUGUUUCUUUGCUUUCAAGCAAUUUCCGAGGACUUGAUGUGAAAUCUCUUUCAGCGGAGACCAUCAAUGAGUUGCUCAAAAUUGCUCCAUCGCCAACUGACUCGCUUCGAAUUCGAUCAUUCCCAAAAGCUUUCAUUGAAGUUGCUGAUUUGAGUGACGAGGAGAAGUUUAUUGUCCAAUUGGCGGCCAUCGAUCGACUUGAUGAGAAGCUGAACACUCUAAAAUGGUUGGCAAGUUUCUCGGAAGAAAAGCUUGCGGAAGUUUCUCAGCAACUUCGGCAACUUGGCGAAACGAUUCAAAUGCUGAUUUCGAGUGACUCUUUCCGUGAACUCAUCAAUUUGGUGAUGACUGUGAUUGGUGGAUCUUUCGGCGACCCGGAGAGGCAUUUAUUGAAAGGAUUUGCCAUCAAAAAUCUGGGAAAGUGUGGUGAUCAAGUGCUUCUCACUGGUUCGACGUUGUGUGUGGAGAUUAGUCAUCUCAUCGACUCACAAUUCUCUCAUCUCAAAAACCUUUUCAUGAUGAUUCCAUAUCUUAAAGAAGCAGCAAAAAUCUCGAUGAAAGAACUUUCCCGAGAGGUUCGACAUUUCAAAGACGGUUUGCCACGAGUGAAACGGGAAUUGGAGUUAUGUGGGCAUCUUUUGUUAGCAAUAAUGCCAAUGUAUCCACUCUUUGAAGACAGUUUAUCUGAGCUGCUCACCACUACAAAAGAUGAAGUCGAGAAGGGUAUGCUGUAUUUGGGAGAGCGUUCAUCACUUGAUGAAGAUCUUCCCGAUAUCCAAGCACUCAUUCAAUCAAUUCUCUCGUUUCUCAUUCAACUUAAAGCCAACUUUGAUUCA